AUGCUUUUCUAUCCUCAGGCAGCAUCUCAACGCCUUGUUCCCCAGCAACAGCACCACUCAAGGAACCGGGGCAGGUGGUGCAGGGGCCACGAAUCAUCCAAGCACGCAGGAGACGCCGUCUGCGCUUUCAACGGCACGGGAUACUCGAUCGACGGCAAGAUCUCUCAUAUUCCCGAGACAACCCUCUGCGGGAGCUGGGAAUCGCCCCUCUUUGCCCUCGGUAGGAAUUGCGAUGAAGCAGGAAUGCAGGCUGGCAUCGAUGUCAUGCACGUCUCUGAACCUCCGCGGGUGAAGAAAGACGUCAACACCCCGCUCCCAUCUCCGACGUCGCUUGACGGAAGAGUCUGCUCCCUCCCAUAUAACCCAUGGAACCUGGGCGACUGUGUCGACGGUGCAACGGUGACUGGCGUCCCGGUUCUACAGGUUGUUUCCGAUGGUGCGGGGCGUCAGCGUGUAUCUGCAUCUGCGUCUGCAUCUGCAUCUUCAGGAUCUGGGGUGGCGAGUGCGUCUCCGAUUACGACCAGUUCCAUUCGUAUGGUGUCUUCGGCUGUGUCUGGUGCGAGUCCUGCGGCGAGUGGUUGGGCUCCGAGCUCGAGUGGUGCUACUGCGACGGGCGCUGUUAACGUUGGCUCGGGGAGAGGUAUGGUGUGUGAUGGGGCUUGUUGGAGUAUGUUGCUGCUUGCUUCCCUGCGGGUGGUGGCUCAUGUCUUGUUGAUGCUUGGGCGGGAUUAGGUGUUUGGGAUUUUCUCAGCUGUUUCAAUCUAUGUUUCGUAUGGUUUUACCUUGGUUUUGCAUGAUUCCGUGAUGAUCACUCUUAAACUUGGCAAAUUACAGCGUACAGAAAUGUUCGACGUUG